CGGAAGAAAUGGUGCAGCGAGAAGAGGCGGGAUAGAGCGCGGAUGAACCGAGGCUCCACACACAAACACACUCACACACCGCGUUCCAGCUAACACCUCCACCUCACAGCCGCACUCACACUCGCUUAUACACGGGACUCAGCGCUGCACUUCGCUCCGUGUGCUCUCGCUGAAGCGCUUUAAUCGGAUCACUUUGUGUUGAUGGGCGCCGAUUUGAAAAAUAACAGCUGCGGUCAUGGCUAAGCUAACUAGCUAGCUUCGGGUUCCUCUAUAGAAAGUUAGCCAGCGACGCUACAGAGGGAGAACUCGCGUUGUUAUCGCGUCCGAAAACUCUCGGCUGAAGUUGAAGCUUAUCUAGCGGACUAUUUCGACUCGUAUUCAUGGACUGAGGCGGAUGUUUUGAGGCGCUCCGGCCCAACGCCUCCCGUGUUCGGAUAAACUGAAGCGUAAGCUGACGUAAGAUAACCCCAAGCGCCAGUCUGAUUGGUAUUUUUUGCCGAUUCUUGUGGUCACAGCCUUCCUGGUGAUCUCGAGAGCUCUGUGUAAAGAGCCAAGACCUGGACGGCUCAUGACUUCAGACCAGGAAGGCAAAGAUAUCGCUGAGCCGCAGUUCCAGCAGUUGCAGGAAGUGAGGGAAAAAGAGAUCCCGCUUUUGGAAACCACCAAGGUGUCCGAGCUCAAUCCCAAUGCAAAGGCAUGGGCCAGUUACAUGCCUGACCCAGAGGCCUCAGAACUGGCCUACACACAUCCUCUCCAGUCAUGGGUGGAAACGGCCAGCGACGCUGAUCCCAUCUCAGGAGGUUAUGUGACCAGCAAUGACGACGACAAAUGGAAUGAAGAACAGGUAUCCAUCUCAGUAGGACUGCCAUCAGCAGUGGCAGCAGACCCAGUGGACAUGGACUGCACAGCCAAUCAGCUGCAAGAUAGCAGCGUAAAGGGAAGUGAUGGUUCAGAUUCCUCUUCCCAGCCUGAAGACCUCCGAGAACAACUGAAGGCGACACUGGAGUUUUGCCUCUCCCGGGAGAAUCUCGCCAACGACAUGUACCUCAUCUCUCAAAUGGACAGCGACCAGUAUGUGCCCAUCGUGACCGUAGCUAAUCUGGAUCAGAUCAAGAAGCUGAGCACAGACGUGGAUCUCAUUGCGGAUAUUUUGAAAUCACUUCCUUUGGUACAAGUGGACAAAUGUGGCGAGAAAGUUCGACCAAACCAGAACCGAUGCAUCGUUAUUCUCCGGGAAGUUCCCCAGGCCACUCCUAUUGAGGAAGUCGAAUUGCUCUUCAAGUGUGAAAAACUACCUAAAUUUGUCAACUGUGAGUUUGCCUACAAUGACAACUGGUUCAUCACCUUUGAAUCGGAGGCAGAUGCACAACUGGCAUACCAGUAUCUCAGAGAGGAAGUAAAGACCUUUCAAGGAAAGCCUAUAAAGGCGAGGAUCAAAGCCAAGGCGAUCGCCGUCAACAAUUUCGUGCCAAAGAACGGAUACAGGCCCAUUGAUAUGCCCUCGAACAUACAGCAGCGCUACACCUCGUACUACAUCCCGCCGGCGUUUGGAGCGCAGCAGCCGUUCUCACCGUUUUACAGACUGGUGACUCCUCAGGGCUGGUCGGCCGCUCAGAGCUACAUAGAUCACAACCUGGUCACUCAGUUCCCAAACCCUGGAUUCAUUAACGGAUUUGCUGGAUCUCCUCCCUUCAAGUCGGCUACCACACCCUUAACAGUCAGACCCUUCACACCAAGAGCUCGGAAUCACAGCAAAUCCCACAUACGAGCCACGGCACCGACUGCUGAACGGGGAUCAGCUUUACUGGAGAACCCCGGCCUCUUCACUAACUCCUCAGAACGUGUCCCCAACGGCACCCGCGCACCACACGCACAUCAGAUGGGGAGCCGGCCGCGAUUCCCCAGCGCCCUGAGCUACCCUCGCAGGGACCAGGUCGGCAGCGGACGGAUGGAGAUGAACGGUGCGGAUUACUCGGCCGCCAUCGGCAGAGGAAGGAGAAACGGCUACGGCUAUAAAAAAAGAAGAGAAGACAAGUUUACAAAAGCCCCAGCGCAGUCACCCCCUCCUAGCCAGGAGCGUGCCCCCUCCCCGAGCUUUGAGCUGGGCCUGUCCAGCUUUCCUCCUCUGCCUGGAGCCGCUGGCAACCUGAAAACUGAAGUGAAGACGGAGAACAGCCUGGAGAGCCGGCUCUCUGAUAUCGUCACCGGCGUGGCUAAAGACAAGACUGUAAAUAAAGAUGCAGUUCUCACCCUGACCGCUUCAGUAAUCCACAAAGGACCUGCACAGACCGGUAACACGACCACCACUCAGCCUGUGGUGGAGCAGCACAACCCGUCCUCUCCAGCCGACACAAAAAGCACGGUGAAAACGGAAGAAGGGAAACCCAAAGAGACGAGCGCUCCUGCUGAGAGACCGUCAGUGCCACAAGUUCCUAAAACAAAGCCAGUUCAGCUUAACAAUCCCAUCACGGAACCCCGAAAGCCGAGCUACGCCGAAAUCUGCCAGAGGAUACGAGAGGCACCGACGCAGCAGCCUCCACCCGACCCCAAGCCCACAGAAGACGCCGCUUCCCAGGACACCGGAGAGCCCAGAUGCAGAGAAGCCCGAGCCCCGUCGGCCAAAUCGGCUCCCGGACGCGCCCGGGAACCCUGGAAGUCUCACUUGGGUUCCGGAGACACACCCACCCAGUCCUGAGAACUGACGAACCCCGCUGGCUGUAAAUGCACAUACUGAGGAGCAUCACUGGAAUCAGGGCUUGUACACGAAGCACUUAUGGGUGCACGAGGAUUCUCUGUACUACCCUGUAUAAUUUUUGCUUUCAUUAAUGAGAUUUUUUUCUUUUUUUUGCCGUUUUCGAGGACAGUGGGAUAAACGACCCGACCCGUUGUGGAGACGACACGAACAUUUUUAUUCAUUUUUGUUUUUUGAGAGACGGAGAACGCUCUAGAUUUUCGUUUAAUAAAGACUAAACUAGU